UUCUACAUGUCGGGCAAUACCAAAACUCUCGUGAAUCUCUCACGCGGCAUCAACUCCGCAACCGCAAUCACGGACUGCCUUAUUGGAGGCUCAUUUACUUGGUAUCUGCGGAGAAGUUACACGGGAAUUCAGCGUAGUGAUUCCGUUCUGAACUGGUUAAUCUUGUUCUUUAUCGGAACGGGCUUGGCUACUGCCGUCAGCGCUAUAUUGACGCUCUUGUUGACUCUCGCUUAUCCCACUUCGCUAUACUCUGUUAUUUUCUACGUUAAUAUCACUCGCCUUUACAUGAACACACUGCUGGCUAUGCUGAACUUCAGGCCAAAGAUA